UGCGACUAGUCAGGCCAUAUAUAACAACUGGUCAGACGCACAAUUCCUCGAGGUCAUACUUGUGGGUUGUCGGCUCAAUCACGUCAGCGUAUUCUGCUCAGAGAGGCGCCUCCCAUCUUGUGCAAACAGUCGGUCCUUGUCCCACACAAUGGAGUACGACGCCGAAAAAGGUCAUGGCGUGUCCAACUAUGCCGUCGACACUAAGGGCACUUUGAAUGUGAGCAGUUCGGAUAACGACUCAUCUCCGUCUGACAUGCGAAACGGCAAUGGAAUUCUCGCGCAGUUGAGUGCCUUGGAACGACGCAUGGACAAGAAGUUUGGCAUGGAAUCGGAAGCCAUUGUUCGCAAGCGCCCCGAGGAUAAACGACCAGUGCACUGGAGGGAAGAGUUGUCAAUGGCUCUGCUAUGGGCAAGUGGGACAAUGAAUAUUUCUUGCUUUGCCACUGGGUUUCUUGGCUGGGAGUUUGGGCUCAGUUUGAAGCAAUCUAUCGUGAUUACUAUAUUUGCUUCCAUCCUGGGAGGUGCCCUGACCGCGUAUUGUGCAACCUUUGGAGCCGCGACAGGUCUGCGUCAAAUCAGUGUCAGUCGUUACAGUUUUGGAUGGUGGCCUAACAAGGUUAUUGCCAUUCUCAACGGUAUCCAACAACUGGGUUGGGCCGCUGUUGCGUGCAUUACUGGCGGUCUCGCUUUGACGGCAGUUUCUGAUGGCCACGUGUCAUUGGUUGUCGGUAUCAUCAUCCUCGCCGUUGUGGCAUUGUGCAUAUCCUGCUUCGGAUUGAAGUUUAUCUUGGUCUAUGAGCGCUAUGCGUGGAUCAUCUUCUUCGUUAUCUUCCUCAUCAUAUUCGGCGAGACUGGGAAGUAUGCAGACAACACAUCUCCGGCUUCUGUUACGGGAGCCAACCUCUCCGCUUCUGUCUUAAGUCUGCUGGCGAUUGUCUACGGUUCGAGUGCUUCUUGGUCCACAAUGGCCAGCGACUACUAUGUGCACUACCCAGUACGCGUCAGCCGUCUCAAGGUGUUCCUCAUGACUACUUUCGGUAUUGGCAUCCCGACGUCGAUUGGUAUGGUUGCAGGAUGUGUUGUCGCCUCUGCCUUGAAUAACCGACCGGACUGGAAAGAUUCUUAUGACCUAGGAAUCGGAUAUCUCGUUCAGGACAUGCUCUAUCCACGUGGCUUUGCCAAGUUUCUGCUCACCGUUCUCGUCUUAUCCGGUAUCAAUGUCAAUGUUAUCAGUCUCUACAGUGCCGGGAUAUCUUUCCAACAAGUUUCAAGGCCUUUCGCAGCGGUCCCGCGGUUUGUCUGGACAUUGUUAUGUUUUGCAGCCAUUCUCGGUCUUGCACUUGGCGGUCGUCAAGAAUUGAACACAUAUCUGCAAGAUUUUCUCAGUCUUCUCGGCUAUUGGUGCACAAGUUAUACCAUUAUUCUGCUUGAGGAACACGUCUUGUUCCGCAGAGGCGAUUUUGAGAAUUAUGAUCUCGAAGCAUGGAAUGACCCAUCUGGACUUCCUCAUGGCAUCGGUGCAGCCAUUGCAUUCCUUCUCGGUGUGGUGGCCUGGUGCAUGGGUAUGGACGAAACAUGGUUUGUCGGGCCUCUAGCGAAGCUUAUCGGUGAUGCUGGCGGUGACGUUGCCAACGAAUUCACCUUUGUGGUGACGGCUGUAGUAUAUCUUCCGGCUCGUUAUCUCGAGCUCAAGUAUUUUGGCCGUUGAUUUGCCUCUGGGGAUUCAGGACAGUGAUCACCGCUCGUCUGUCGGUGCUUUAAGACUAAUUUUUUUGGUAACGAAUUUGCUAGUUAUCAAUACUGAUUUCGACUAUCAAAGACAGCGUAGGGGUAUCCUUAAAACCUUGAGGCAAUCUUCAGACUCGUUUCGUAUGCGUGAACGGAAAGUAUGGUCAUAUUUCAAGAGCCUUCCCUUCCCAUAACCUUAAAUGGCCGCCAUGCCUUCA